UUAAAAUUUUGUCCAUUUCAUUCAUUUUUUUUUAUUUCUUUGUCCUGUGUCGAGGGAUAAUCGGGCCUUAACAAGGUACUACCAUCUGGCCAGGAUGGGCACUGCGGGCACUGGCGUGAACUCAGAGAAACCAUGUUUUCGGCCGUAGGCACUGAAGUCACGGUCGACAACAUGGUUCAAAUUAUGUUACAGAGCGCAGACUCAUGGCGCGAGAUAGAGUCCUUUGUCAUCAAAGUCAUGCAGACAAAGGAGAAGGACAGAAGGAUGUUACAACACCAUCGGAGAAUUCCUACAGCUCGGCUGGGCACUCGCGGAGGACGGAGGAGAACUUAACUGGACCUCCUCCCUUUUUCGCUAGCGCUUAGUUAAGGAUUUUGGAUCUGGAAGUAGAAAGCAGGACAUUUCUGGAUGAAAUGGAUGUUGAUGAAGAAGGAAAAUAAUACCGAUUAAUCCAUCAAAAAGCGUUCCAAAGAAAGAAAAUAAUACUUCGGCAAAAAUUGUUAUGAACAAGAACAAAGAAAAUGUUCAGUCGCUGAUAAAUAAGGAGGUUAUGGGGUUAAAAAAUCUCACCACUGCGAAUGCAGGAAGCAGUUCAAAAAAAAAGGAAACAUGUCUCCGAAGAAAAAUCGUAAUGCAAGGAAAGCAGUAACAAUUGAACCUGUUGCCGAGAGUGCUGAUGAGAUGACUCAAGACAUCACCGUACCGAGAGCUGCAAAAAGAACUGUUUUGAAUGUGCCUGGAAAGAAGAAUCUUCCUGUUCAGAGUGAAGAAAAAAUGGAUAUUGAUUCUGAUGACAGUGAUGAUAUUGGAGAUUUAAAGGUGUCAUCUGGUACAAAGAAGAAAAAAGUUGCGAAAGGUGACAUGUCUCCGAAAAAAAAUCGCAGUGCGAGGAAAACAGUACCAAUUGAAUCUGCUGGUGAGAGUGCUGAUGAGAUGACUGAAGACAUCACCGUACCGAGAGCUGCAAAAAGAACUGUUUUGAAUGAUGGAAGUUUUCCUCUGGAAGAACAAAAUGCUGAUAGCUCUAAGACUUCACCGAGUGUGCCAGAAUUUAUGAAUUUGAUUUUCCCACAAGUAACUCCAGAAAUAGUCGCAUUCCUUGGCCAGUUAGCAAUUUAGGCACAACAAAAAUUGCAUGAAAAUGCAACAAAAAAUCCAUUUGCUAACGUAUCAUCGAGUGAAAAUACUAUUUCACAAGCAACAUAAUCUACACCAUCCUUAUCAUCAAUAGCGGUGGUUGUGAAUAGCGAGUUGUUCAUCGACCCAAAGUAUGAAAUAGAAUUCACGCGAUUCAAAAAACGUCCGGAAGAAAUGAUUAGGCGUUUAAUGCUAACUUUAGUGGGAGCCGAAAAACUAAAGACCAUGACCGCCCUUGGAAAAGAAGGCAACCCGAUCCCGCCGGAAAUUCGAAAUGCUGUGUAUGCAUAUGUGCAAAAGAAGACAAAGGCGAAAGGCUAUGUAUAUCCGUGGGAAAAGUACGUGGAUGUCUUAAAUAACCAAUGUUGUACACUAAGAAACCCUAAAAAAACCGACACCAAUACUAAGAACAGCGACAAAUUGAAGGAAACAACUGGACAAGGAAAAGAAGUCACAAAUAAGGAUGACAAUAAA